UAAGUUAGGGAUUUGGGUUUGAAAAUGACAUUGUUUUGGAAGAAAAGAAAUCGUUGUAUUAUCCGCCGCUUCAACGAAGACAACGACUACUACCAGUAUUUGUAGUUGAUCGCACUUUCUUUCUUCUUUUUCAGAUUACAGCAAAAAAAUGGCAGAGAACCCAAAAUUUAUUGGGAUGAAAGAAGACGAGGAUUCCCCAAAAUCCCCCUUCCCCUUUCCUUGGUUCUCUUUUCUUCCCAAGUUUGACUUCCGAUUGCCUUUUCCGAUCAACGGCGGCAAGAAACCGCCGGCUGUGGUGGUUGAUGAAGGCCGAAAGGCCGACGACGAUGCUCAGAAGCCGGAGUUCGUGAGGUUUCCUAAAGCAGAGUUGCCUGUCGCUUCGGUGGAGGCUGAAGCUGAUGUCUCCGGCAAGACUUCCAAUCCGGCGGUCAUCUGGCAGGUAUAUGCCCUGGGUGGGUUUCUUAUAUUGAGUUGGGCAUGGGCAAGAUGGAAGGAGAGAAGGCCCCAAAGACGUUCAAAUGAUGACGAGGAGGACGAAGAUUCCAGUAAUAUCUAGUUUUGUGUUUGCCUUGAACAGCCCUUAAUAAAUGUUGAAGUUACAUUUUUAGUGCUAGAAUCAAUCUUGAGUUUAUACCCGUUAUUUGUAAUUUCGAGUUAAAUCAGUCAUUUUCUAACCCUUUGUCAAUCCUUGAAAAUGAUCUUAGUAUGAAAUUAAAACCCAUCUCCAUGAGGGUUUUCUAAUGUAUUGGUGCAAAAGCAACAAUAUUUGAUCUUAAUAAGAGGCUUCCUGCUUGCAAACGGUAA